GAACCGUAAGUAAAACAACUACAAUUGAAAAACUUGACAGCGAAAAGAGAAAGAGUCACCCUGUGUUUGGAUCCGUACGUCAAUGGCUGUUGUUAAACAAAAUCAUUGCUGCACUGAAAAUGGUUGAUACUCUACGCAACAUUGGCGAUAUCUGCCGACUCUGUUUGACCGAAGAAAAGGAACGAUUAAUUCCAGCUCGGGAUGUGUUCAGCUCGCUGCUAACCAUCGAAGACGUCGAAAGGUUCACCGGUGUACAGAUUCCAACGCAAGACAACAUUUCGUACGUGAUAUGCAUCGAUUGCAAAAACAUAUUAAGGAAAUCGGUUGUCUUUCGCAACUCGUGCCUGCGCAACGAUAGACUCUACAGUCAACUUUUCUCAGCGUUAAUUGCGAGCGCAAGGCAGGAUUGUUCCUUACAACAACAGCCAUGUCCACAGGAAGCAACGGCGCACCCAAAUUUCGGCGAAACCGAAGACAGCGACCCACUCAGCUGCAACCCUGGAGAUGCGAUUGGGAUAGAAAUGAUCAGUUCGAAGGGCGAAUGGGUAUUAACAUCACUUCCCAUCAUUGCUGACAGCGAACUGGCCGAAGAUUCUAGCAAAUCGGAAGCGUCCGACUAUUUCGACAGUCCAGACGAAAGCACUAAAGAGGAAGCUAAACCACCACCAACGUCAGUACGCACAGCAAGGGCUGGUAGAAAAAAAUCAACUAGUAAUGGCACAGCCAGCCAUCCGCCAGGGGUAGAUGACGCCUCCGUACGAAACACUGCACCGGACCAGCACGAAUGGCAGUGCAUGCCAAAGCAGCUUUGUGAAUUGUGUGGCCUGAUGAUCACUAACUACAGACGGCACUAUAUGAGCCAUACAAAGCAAGCGAGAUACGCUUGCCCACACUGUCCGGUGCAAAUGACGGACAGUUCCAAUCUCUUGCGCCACAUAGAAUCGGUGCAUAUAAAAAAAAUCGUCAAAACGUGUGAAGUAUGCGGUAAAGAAUUCACGCAUCGCAACACCUACGAGUCGCACAUACGCUCCAAGCAUAAUAUGGGGGAAAAGUUCGAGUGCAAAAUUUGCUUAAAAAAAUUUAACCACUACAGUGGCGUCAAGGAGCACGCAAAGCGCGUACAUAGUCUUGAAAGCAAGUACGGAUGUACGCUCUGUAGCAAACGGUUUAAGACCAGCAAGUCUCUGCGGAUGCACGCCAGGGUGCAUUCGGAUGACCAACCGUACGCAUGCAACCAGUGCCCGAAAAGGUUCAAAAGUGGAUACGCUCGCAAUACGCACCAGCUCACGCACAGUGGCAUUGUGUUUUCCUGUCAAACAUGCAAUAAGUCCUAUCGUUACAAAUCCUUGCUGAGUAUGCAUCUGAAAAAAGUGCAUCCAGAGCUGAAUCCCGCAAACGACGAGGAAUAUGUUUAAUAGGGACGAACAUUUCCUACGUGCAUGCCCGUUAUGCAUUGCAUGCACAUCUGUGUUUCUACAUACCGGACGGAAAAGUAUAACCUGGCACGAACACAAUAAAGAAGAUCAAGUUAGCCACACACAACAUCGCGAGUGCAGCACAUUCCGUCGUGUGUAUGUGUGCGCGCGUAUCCCGCCAGCGAAAGCUGUCAAACGCACCUAAAAUGUAAACAAUCCAUCCAGCGCGUGCAGAACGUAAACUCGCUUACUAAUGGCGAACGUUUUGCAAGAAUUACUGAAUGUUUGUCGGUUUUGUUUGUCCGAGGACUUACAGCGAUUGCAACCCAUCAUGAGGAUAUUGGAUUCCACCAUUACGCCCGGCGAGAUCGACCGAUACACCGGCAUUCGGGUAAACACCGAUGAAGACUGCACGCUGUACGCGAUAUGUACGGAGUGUACAAGCCGGCUGAAAAAGUCAGUUGAAUAUCGAACAGCUUGCAUCAACAAUCAAAAACACUACGAGGAACUGCUCAUGAUGCUUGUCGCCAGUACCGAAUGUACAGACCAUGCAAACACUCAAACAUGUGAUGAUGAUUCGAUGGAGUACAAUAGUUUUGAACAAGAAUCACCAAAGCAGACACAUGUUCCCCGGGCGGUAAACAUCCAGCAAGAAGUAAACAUGCUGCAUGCGGAAGACAGUUGCACCGAUACCAUUCGUAGCUCAAACAGCACCCAGUCAUCGAACCGAGCGAUGUGCAACGAAGAGAAUGAAAUGUACAGCGCUAACUAUAUCGAGCCUGGCGAACCAUGCAAUUCCGAUAGCGACGAAAGAUCUGGACAGAAGAAAAAGCCAAGAAAGUCUUAUACGUACAAGAUACAACUUCCACCGACCCAGGAGGUACCAGUCGUUCGCGAUAAAACUGGCAGAGAGAAAAAAGUGUACGAUUUCACGCUGCUCAAUGGUAGUGAUUGCUAUUUUGUCAAAUCGUCCAAAGACGGGAAACGAGUUUAUCUAAAAUCGCUUUGUGAUGUCUGCGGGAUAAUGGUUUGUGACAUACACGGUCAUUUACGAAAUCAUUUCCCAGAGAAACUGUAUAGCUGUCCUCAUUGUUCAGUCAAAAUUAAAUCGAAACAAUACAUGAAGGCUCACAUCAACACGGUGCAUUUAAAAAAGAUUGGUAAAACAUGCAACAUAUGCGGCAAAGGCUUUGUUCACCACAAAACGUACCGAUAUCAUAUGCUUGGUCAUCAAUCCGAAGGCAAAACCUACGAAUGCCAACCGUGCGGGAAAACGUUUGACAAAGCUUUUGGCUUGAGGGACCAUUACAAUAGAGUCCAUAAUUUUUUCAAGACACCAAAGCAAACCAGCUAACCGGCGAACCAAAUAAAUGUUCUUCUCUUGUGCGCUUUCAUGCCCAGGACUACCUCACCGGUAGGAAUCAUCAAUUGUUCUGUAAUUAUUUGCCAACGAGCGGCGAAUGAAGUGCAAUGACUGAAAGGCACUCUAAUCAGACAAACAAACUAGCCAACCGUUCUUUGUCAACGAUUAGCUUUCCGAAAAGGUCCUCUUUGCAUGGUUCAACAUAGAAGUACAAUAGAAAGGUAGAUCACUCAAACCAAACCGAAAUCCGCUAUAGGGGAAUACGUAAUUAGCUUUUGAAAUGCAUCUCUCGUUUGUUGUUGUUUGAGAUGGAUAUUUUUUUAUAACAUAAUUUAACAGUUUAUUUUGAGAAAUCGGCUUAUUGUUAAUUUCCGUUGAUUUUUUGUAAUAUUUACUCGUUCAGGUCUGCUGAAACGUUUCUGUCCACUACGUACACUUACAAUGAAAACGAACCGCGAAGUAAAACAGUCCCAAAACGGCAUCAACGAUACAGCAACAGAAAUGAAAUCCAAAGAUAGAAGGAAUAAAUGGUCAUUUGAGAGGUCCAAAAAGUAA